AUGUGCGAAAACCAAUUGAAAUUACAAGUAGUGAUAAUAAUAUUGUGUAUAUUUUUUAAAGGAUUUUACGCAGUUGACGAUAGCCUUCUAUUUACUGUUACGAGGGCACCACGCUAUUUCGGCAUUUUGCAAGACCAUCGGGGUCAGCCACAAUCGGUAGAGAUAUCUGAAGAGUAUAUGGACCAAGAUUAUAUCGCAACCAACAGGAGACGACAUAAGAUUGACUGGAAUAAGAAUCCUUUAGACAUGGAUGAUUUUGAAGAUGAUGACACCGAUGAGGCAUUCGAUGAGAAAGAUAAAGAUGUAAAAUUGCCAAACAACCUUCAAGCUGGUCCUGUUUAG